GCAUAUAUAUAUAUUUAUAAAAAUGAAAUUUGGAUCACAGUUAAAAGACGCUAUCUAUCCUGAAUGGACAGAAUACUAUAUUGAUUAUGAUGGCUUAAAAAAGAGAUUAAGAAAAGCAGAGAAAGACAAGCCAUUUACAGAAAAGGAUGAAAUAGAGUUUGUUGAAUUAUUGGAUAACAAUCUAGAAAAAGUCUAUGCUUUCCAUCAAGAGAAAAUGGAAGAUAUCAAGAUGAAAAUCGAUAUGGAGGAUGACAAGAUCAAUACGCAAAUACCCAGUCAAGACAGUGUGAAUGAAAUGAGUGCUAUUCAAGAACGUAUCAACUGGAUUGCAGAUGACAUUAAUCGCCUUGCUCGAUUCUCUCGUAUCAACUAUACUGGCUUCCUCAAGAUUGUCAAGAAACACGACAGACACACAGAUUAUGUCCUUCGUCCUAUGUUUAUGGUCCGCUUAAACCAAUGUCCCUUUUGGAAUGAAGACAAUGAUGCCUUGUUGAUCAAGUUGUCUCAACUGUUCUCUAAAGUAAGAGAGGGUGGCAUGACCAUGUCCUUUAAGCCUGCUUCUCAAGCAGUUCAUUUUAUGGAAGAUCGAGCCUCAGACAGUCGUCGAUUGGUCGUCAAACGUUUCUUUGUCCAGACAGAGAAUGUACUGGAACUCAAGACUUAUGUAUUGCGUCAUUUGCCUGUCUUGGUCUACCGCGACAAUAACUCAAAGAGACAAGACAAUAUUGACCCUCCUAUUUCCACGCUUUAUUUAGACAAUGCUGAUCUGGAUUCAUACAAUUCCCGUGUAGAAGCAGCUGAAGGAUCUCAAGUCAUUCGUCUUCGUUGGUAUGGUAGUGCCAAAGGAAACAGUUCUAUUGCAUUUGAGCGUAGAACAUUGGAUGAAGAGAACCGGGGGGAAUUAAAGGAUCGAUUUACCAUCAAAGAUAAAUAUGUUGCUGGUUUCCUUCAAGGGGAUUCAACAUUUAUUGAUAAAUCAGUCCGUAAGAUGAAGAACAAUGGCAAGAGUCAAGAAGAAAUUGAAAAGCAUCAACAACUGAUUCAACAGAUACAACAUACCAUUCGAGAAAAGGGAAUGCAGCCAGUGUUACGCACCUAUUACCGUAGAACGGCUUUCCAAAUUCCUGGGGAUAGAAGUGUCCGUAUGGCCUUAGACACUGACCUGUGCUUUAUCAGAGAAGAUUCUGGACUGUUCCCUGAUGACAACACAGUACGUCGACCAGAGGACGCAUGGCGUAGACCUGAUGCAGAUACCAAUUUCCCUUUUGAUCAUCUCAAGAAUGAAAAUGAUAUCAACCGAUACCCUUUUGCCACUUUUGAAAUCAAACUUGAAUUGGCACCUAAUGAGAAAGAACCUGAAUGGAUUGUGGAUCUUGAAGAGAGUGGUAUUCUUGAAGAAGCCUUUGGUUUCUCUAAAUUUGUCCAUGGUAUUGCUGUCAUCUUUGAUGCCCGUGUGCCUCUUUUGCCUUACUGGUUGGCCCAGAUGGAGAAUGAUAUACCAUUAUUGCCCUCACCUUCAAAAGGAAUAAGUAAAUCAGCCAAUGAAGUGGAAUCUAUUCACUCAACAUCACCCCCACGUGGGCCUACUUCAGCCAAUGAACGCUCUGGCUUGUUGAAUGCUGGAUCCUCUUCUUAUAUGAGUACCACAGACCAUGCACGUACCAUUCAGCCUCAAGAAAUUGGUCCCUCUCGUUUGAUUGAGCAUAUCAAUGCUGUCUUUAACACCUUGAUCGGUAAACCUCAGCCUUCUUUACGCCAUCAACAACAGUUUGAAAGGCAGUUGGAUGCUGCACCUGUCAUUUUACCCCCAGGUGUCAAAGUACCCAAAAAGGUGGCGACACCACUCCGGGUUGAACCUAAGGUCUUCUUUGCCAAUGAACGUACUUAUUUCUCAUGGAUGUCGUUUGGUACACUCAUUUCUACCUUUUCACUUGCUCUGUUCAAUGCAGGGGAUGCGACUGGUAAGAUCAGUGGUAUUGUCUAUACACUUGUGUCUAUCUCUACAUUGAUGUACGGUAUGGGUCUUUAUUAUCGUCGUCGUGAAUUGAUUCAUAACCGAGCUGCUGGUCCUUAUGAUGAAUUGAUGGGUCCAACUGUCAUUUGCUUUGCUUUGUUGUUUGCAGUGGGUUUGAAUGCCUACCUUAAGUUUACCGUCAAAUCCCCUUCUUUAUUCUAUCUUUAAAUAAACGCGUUUUGCUUUAUAGUUUGGUAGUACGAUUCCAUUUAUUUUCAUCUCCCUU